AUGGACGCGCUCUACGUCGCCGCCGCGCGCGUCGCGCCUCGAUUGAGCCCGCAAGAGGUCGCCAACGCCGUGUACGGCGCCGGCUUCGCGCCGCGCCCGUCGGCGACGGCGGGCGACCCCGCGAUCGUCGCGCUCGACGUCGCGAUCGCGAGGUGCGCGAGAGAGAUGAAACCGCAGGAGGUCGUCAACGCGCUGCAGGGGAUCGCGACCGGGCGCGCGGGGAUCGCGCGGCCGGCGGAUGCGGAUUUGAGGCGCGUUCUAUACACUAGUCCCCAUACGACCCCGUUCGCGAGGUGGACGCCGAUCCUUAAGGAAUUUCACCGGCGCAUCUCUCCGCCCAGGGUCCCUCGCUUUCAAUCCCGACACACCUCGGCGCCUUUCAACUCCGCUUCUGACGCCUUUCAACUCCACCCCGACGUUCGCUUGUAUAGAACGGCCCUGAAAAAGACCGCCGCCGACGACGCGUUUCGAGACGCGUGGCGCGAGCUCGACGCCGCGGUGCGCCGACGCGCGCAUCGCAUGAGCCUCCUCGAGGUCGGCAUCGCGAUGUGGUCGUACGCGACGCUGCGCGCGUCCAGAGCGUCUGGGGACGCGCCGAGCCCGACGCGAGGCGCGUUUCUCGCGCUGGAGCGGCGGCUCGCGAUGACGCUCGCGACGGCGCGAUUCGGCGACGCGAAACGGAGAGACGAAACCUCCGUCGCGACGGCGACGUGGGCGUACCACGCCAUGGAGACGCGCCCGAGCGACGACGCGGCGCGCGCGCUCGACGCGGCGCUCGCGAAGGCCGCGGCGACGCUCCCCGCGCAGGAGACCGCGAUGACGCUCAUCGGCGUCGCGUCCACGGGGACGUGGCGCGCCUUCGACUCGAAAAAAAAAAAAAAAACGACGACGACGACGACGACGACGACGAUGACGACGUGGGACGCGCUCGUGGAAAACGCGCGAAGGAGGGUGCACGAGAUGAAGCCGAUCGAGCUCGCGUACGCGACGUGGGCGGUCGCGAUCGUGUCGUUCGUCGACGAGACCACGCCGCCGUCGCGCGCGUUUUUCGAGACGGCGUGGGCGCGCGCGGCGACGCUGACGCCCGGCGUCGACUUUCCGGAGGGAAAGAGAGGAAAAGACGCGUUGGCGAACUUUUAUCACGCGUAUCUGAUGCGUCGAGACGCGGUCGACGACGCCCCCCCGAGCGCCGUCCCGGCGUGGCUGCACGCCGACGCGAGAGACGCGUGGCGCGCGCAGGCGAAGAACGACGUGAACGCGUCGGCGUUUCACGACAACGUCGCGCGCGACUGCGAGAGCCUCGGCUUGACGGCGGAGAAGGAGGCGCUCGCGGAGGAUGGGAAUUUCUCCGCGGACGUGCUCUUGCGCGACCACGACGCGAUCGUCGAGUGCGACGGGCCGAAUCACUUUUACGUCGACUAUCAGAGACCCGAGCCGCUCGGGGCGGACGCGAAUCCGAACCCGGGGAAAUACGACACGCGCAAGGAGUCGAGAGUGCGAAAGGUGAAAACCGAGGCGCGCGAUAAGUUUCUUCGGGCGCGUUUUACGCGCGUGAUCGUCGUGCCGUGGUUCGACGUGCACGGGAUGCAACCCGCGCAGAGGACGGCGUACGUGCGCGCGCGUCUCGAGGACGCGGGGGUGCUGAAGAAGGACGCAGCGCUAGAGUAG